AGCGGCCAGCAGUCAGCGGACGGAAAGGGAACAUCGUUAGCCGAGAAUAGCGGAGCUCGCCGUUUCGAGAUGUACCGCCUUCUCACGUCGUCACCGCUUUUUUUUAAUUUUUAUUUAAACCCCCGGUGCGGCAGUGAAAGCAUGCUUUUUAAAGCGGCGCUACCCCCCAUUCAAGGAGGCGAGCCUGUCACCGCAGACGGGCUUUUUGGUUGCAGAGUCGCCGCCGCCGCUAGCAGCAGCCACCUAGCCGGCUAACUCGAUGCUAGUGGCAGGAGCCCGAAACACCCAUCCUACCUGCUUCGGCUUCUACUGCAGCAGCUCGGAGAUUUGUGUUGGACUUGUGAGACGCGGUUUAGUCGCGAACCGGCACGUUUUAAAGACGCUUUUAAAUGAGUGGAUCCCGGCAUGGGGGACAUGAAGACCCCAGAUUUCGACGACCUUUUGGCAGCGUUCGAUAUCCCCGACAUAGAUGCCAAAGAGGCCAUACAGUCAGCGCCGGAUGAGGCCGAGGGCCCCCACGGACCCGCCGGCGCACCUCUGGGGAAGCAGGAAGGCGUGGUGGGCGUCGGCUCGUCUCUGAGGCCGCCCAGUCCCCCGGACCCCCAGGCGGACACCUCCAUUGUGAGCGUGAUCGUGAAGAACAAGGUGCGCCACGAGGCCGUGGACGGCGGGGACGGAGCCGCCGACCAGCCGCACCCCAUCGACAUGAUCGCCGGCGCCGACGGGGGCCCGCGACUCGCCGCCUGCGCCGAAUCCGAGGCGCUCAGCCACAACGGCUUCGGAGCGUCCGGCGUUCCCGCGCCCCUUCCGCUCGGCCAGAGCCAGGCCAACGGCGGGCCGUGGUCGGUGAGCGCGCCCAAGGCGUCUGCGGAGGCGGCCGGCGCCAGUACGGCCAAACCUCACAAGCAGGGCGGGAACAUUUUCAACAGACUCAAGCCUCUGGUGGCGCAGGGCUCCGGCGACCCGGUGGGCCGGGCCAGGAAGAUGCAGCUCCUGCAGCAGCAGCACCAGCAGCAGCAGGACGCGGGCCAGGAGAGAGCGGACGCCGUCAAGGCCUCGCUACCUUCGUCCUCCUCCUCCAUCUCCGCCGGCUCCUCCCCUCUGGCCGCCAGCGGGCCCGCCGGACUCGCCUUGCCGUUCUUCCCGCCGUCCAAGCCUCUGCACUCGGCUCCUCCUUCGGCGCCGUCGUCGCAGCCCUUCAACGGCGCCCCGAAGGGAUUCCAGCACCGCGCCGAGGAGGACGACUCCGACCCGGAUUUGGGGAGUCCGCUCGUGAUCCAGGAGAACCCGGACUCCCCGACCAGCGCGCAGAUGAGCAGGCGAUACAAGUCCGAUCCCGUGGCGUCGCAGCCCGCGCCCUCCUCUGCGCCCCAACCCAAACCCGGGGACACUCCUUCUGCCUCCGCUCCGCAGUCCAGCUCAGCGGAGGCGCCGCAGCCGGAGGAGAGGAACCCGGAGCACGUCAUAGAAGAGAGAGACUCCCCCGAGAGCCCCGAGCCAGAGAUGCCAAAUUCUGCCGCUCACGUCCCGGCCAAGAGGUGCUCCAGCCCCGCGGUGGCCUCCACGCCGCCUCCCCCUGAGCUGCGGGUGCCCAAGGAGGAGGAGGAGGAGAUGGAGGUGGGGAACGGGAUGGAUCGGGUCGCGGACGGCAAGGCGGACAAGGGAGAAAGCACGAGGACCGGUGAGGAGAGCAUGGAGGUGGACGACGGCAAGUCUAAACCCGCUUCCGCCGACGGAGGAGAAACGGGGAGCGCUGCUCCUGCGCCUCCGGGGGCUCCGGCCCGACCCCUCAAAGUCAGGAUAAAAACCAUCAAGACCUCCACCGGCGGCAUCACCAGGACUGUGACCAGGGUGGCGUCAAAAGGCGGCGCCGGAGGGAAGGGCCUGGACCCGAAGGCGCCGACCGGGGAGCACAAGCUUUUAGGGAACAAAGCCCAGAAGCCCGAGGCGUCUCCCGUCCUCACCGCCGCCUCCUCCCAAAAAGUCGGCGCUCUGAAUGCGCUGCCCGUCUCCACGCUCGCCGCCAGCAGCGUCAUGCUCGCCGCCGCCACCAAGGUCCAGAACAAGAUGGCCUCGUCCGACAAGGCCAAGGUCUCGGCCACGGCCGUCAGCAUCACCAAGUCGGCCGCCCUGCCGGCCACGCCCGCCGUCACCUCCUCGCCCAAGUUCUCCGUCGCCGCCAGCGGCAUAAGCGUGCGCACGGCCGCCAACAAGACGGCGAACGGCGGCGGCGGCGGCGCCGUCUCGGGCAACGCGCUCCAGUCGAACAAGCCCGCCUCCAUCGUCAACAGCACGGGGGCGGUGAUCUCCCGCAGCCAGUCGAGCCUCGUUGAGGCCUUCAACAAGAUCCUGAACAGCAAGAACCUCCUGCCCAGCUACAAGCCCGACCUCUCGGCGCCUCCGCCGCCCGAGUGGGGGCUCCCGCUGCCCGCCACGGGCUACCGCUGCCUGGAGUGCGGGGACGCCUUCGCCCUGGAGCGCAGCCUGGCGCGGCACUACGACCGGCGCUCGCUGCGCAUCGAGGUCACCUGCAACCACUGCGCCAAGCGGCUGGCCUUCUUCAACAAGUGCAGCCUGCUGCUGCACGCCCGGGAGCACAAGGAGCGCGGCCUGGUCAUGCAGUGCUCGCAUCUGGUGAUGAGGCCCGUCACCGUGGAGCAGAUGAUCGGCCAGCAGGACAUAACGCCCAUCGGUGGCCUGCUCACCUCUUCGUCCUCUCCUCCAGUCUCCUCUCCCUCUGCCACAUCAGGGGGUACCGCCGUCCCCGCCAGCUCCAGCCCCUUGAAGGACGGCUCGUCCCCGGCGGCGGCGGCUGCUGCUGCGCCUCGGCCCGUCCGCCGCGCUCCUCAGGGGCCCCAGGCCUUGAUGCCGCUCCCCUGCAAGAAGGUGGACGUGCUGCAGUACAACAACUUCAAGUGUCCGGAGUGCCAGACGCAGUGCUCCAGCAAGGCGGAGCUGGUCACUCACUUCCAGCAGAUCAGAGGCGCUCCCAGCUCGACGUGCAGUCAGUGCUCCCCUCCCAUGAUGCUCCCCAACUCGUGCGCCGUCUCCGCCCACCAGAGGAUCCACAAACACAAAGCGCCGCACGUGUGUCCUGAGUGCGGCGGCGUCGCACGGCAGGCCUCCUUCCAGACUCACCUGGAUGAGGCCUGCCUGCACUUCGCCAGGCGCAUCGGCUACAGGUGCUCAAGCUGCCAGGUUGUGUUCGGAGGCCUGAACUCCAUCAAGUCCCACAUUCAGACGGCUCACUGCGAGGUCUUCCACAAGUGCCCCAGCUGCCCCAUGGCCUUCAAGUCCUCCCCCAGCGCGCAGAACCACAUCAGCACCCAGCACCCGACGCUGACCGGAGGCCAGGCCAAGAUGAUCUACAAGUGCGUGAUGUGCGAUACGGUUUUUACCCAGAAGCCCCUGCUGUACAUGCACUUCGACACCCAUCUAGCCAAGCAGAAGGUGCACGUGUUCAAGUGUCCCGACUGCACCAAGCUCUACGCCCAGAAGGGCUCCAUGAUGGAGCACAUUAAGACCGCUCACAGAGGCCCCCCAGCCAAACAGGAGUCCCAGCCGGACGCGGCGAACCCCGCAUCGGCCGCCACCAACUCGUCCAGCCCCUCCGGCCUCAAGUCCAAAUCCUCGGCGAAGCCCGACACCUCCGACGGCGAGGACUGGGGGCGGGAGCAGGAGGAGGAAGACGAGGAGGAGGAUGACGACGACGACGAGGGGGACGAGGACUACGAAGCCCCGGGGGGCCAAUCAGCCGGCGGCACGGCGGUCGGCGGUCAUCCGGCGGUGAACGAGUGGACCUGCCCGCAGUGUCAGACCACCUUCACGGACAACGACGACUAUCAGAGUCACGUGAAGAUGGAGCACGGCAAGUUCCCCUGUCGGAUCUGCGGCGGCACGUUCAGCACUUCCUCCAGCCUGCGGCGUCACGAACGCGUCAUUCACGAGGGCAACAAACGGGUCUUCCACUGCCAGUUUUGCACAGAAGGCAAAAGAACAUUUGGCAGCCGCUUCUUGUUGGACAAACAUAUUCGACUCCAUCACAGAACGACGGACGGACAAGGUCCUCCUCUGACCAGGAAGCGGGCGGCCACAGGCGGCGACGGACCGGGCAGCUCCUCGGAACACGACGGCGAGGCGGCUCCUCCCGCGGCCAGGCCAGCAGACGAGGAGGAAAGCGCCACGGAAGACGGCGGCGGCGGCGGCCCCGCGAAGAGAACCAGAGCGUCGGUGGCGUCCACGUCGUCGGCGCCCAGCGAGCUGGAGGAGGAGGACAGCGUCUUCCGCUGCGUCCCCUGCGGCUUCUCCACGGAGGACGGCGCCGAGUUCCAGCGCCACAUCCCGCAGCACCGGGGCGACACCGCCGCCUUCCAGUGCCUGCAGUGCGGCGUCUGCUUCGCGUCGGCCGGCUCCCUCGGCAGGCACCGCUUCAUCACUCACCGGGUGCGAGACACGCAGGGCGGCGACGCGGAGCGCGGCGCCGCCCUGCGCGCCCCCGGCUCGCCCGGCGGCUCGCCCGGCGCCGCCUCCCCGCUGGCACACCUGGAGGACGGAGAGGGGAACCUGGGCUGCAGGGUGUGCGGGCGGCGCUUCGACAAGGCGAGCGACCUCAACACGCACUUCAGGACCCACGGCAUGGCCUUCCUCACCGCGCACAAGACGGACAAGCCCCAGUAGGGGGCGCUGGGCGGAGACGGACGCCGCUGUAGAACAUGAAUGUUGAUGAAACACUUCUUUUUUUUUUUUUUAUAACUCCCCAGAGACAUUUUACUCUACGGCGCCUCCUCUGUGCGACUGUAGCUGCAUGUUUGACCUCCUUACACCUGUGCUAGUCUCGUGAGAAGCUCUUCCUGGGUAAAAGCCUUUAUCUCAGCCAUUUUUUACCCGUCCUUUACGCACACGCCCGCUCUGCCGCCGGCCGCAUCCACACAUUUCACCCGCUUGUCACCUCGCGUUCACGCUGCCAAGGGGACAUUCUAAAACGCUUAACGUGAAAAACGCUUAACGUG